UUGUUUCUGCUUAUGACGUCCUGUUCUAUCGACCAUAAAACAAUUUUAUUGAUUUUGAUACCAGGAAGCUAGGUGAAAAAAUACGGUAGCCCAAUUUAUAUGAUAGUAAACAUAUAUUCCGCGCGCAGUUUGCGAAAAUUUCUUUGGUCAUUUCGGACUAACUUAAAACAUUAGAAAUGUCGAACGAUCCUGAUUUUUUAAUGGCACUGGAAAUGCAAAAGCGUUGGAACGCCGAAUCAAGCACGGAUUUGAAUAGCAGCGAUGGCAGCGAACCGGAGAUUGUCAACUACAGUAUGCCUCCUCCUUCGAAGGAACCCUUACGUAUAAAGCGUAGCAAUCCGUCGUCAAACCAAGAUGAAGACUACUUAAAUCGCACGCAAAAUCUGGUGCAUCCCCAGUGGGAAACGCUGGACCCCACACCAGAUAUAUUUGCAUUGUUUGCCGCCUUUGAUGGUAAAUUUUUUCAAAGUCGCUUGAAGUGUGUGACUUUGGAAUGGAGUAAGCGUAUGUAUAGCUGUGCUGGCAUAUGCUACUCGCGACGCAAUCGUUUCGGUAUGGAUAUCACCAUUCGUUUGAGCGAACCUCUGCUUAAGUUAAGACCACGCAAAGACUUGGUUGAGACUAUGCUGCACGAAAUGAUACACGCCUACUGUUUCGUUUUAAAUAUACGUGAGGGAAACGGCGGUCACGGUCCCAAUUUUAAAAAGAUUAUGUAUGCGAUCAAUAAAGUUGCUGGCACCAACAUAACAGUUUAUCAUACAUUCCAUGAUGAAGUAGAUGCUUAUAAGCAGCACUGGUGGCGUUGCAAUGGGAGUUGCCAAAAUCGCGCACCAUUUUUCGGUUAUGUCAAACGUACGUCUAAUCGCGCUCCUGGUGCCAAUGAUCAGUGGUGGGCAGCACAUCAGGAAUCUUGUGGUGGCACUUUUAUGAAAAUUAAAGGCCCAGAAAAACCAAAGAAGCAGAAAGCCUCAAAGGAACCAAAGCAACAACAAGGCAAAGAUUUACGUACAUUCUUCCCUUCGGCGAACAAGCAGAUAAGCUCUACACCGAAACUGUCGGAUGCUAAUAAUGUAAAAAGCUUCAAUGGUGGCACUUCCGGCUUUGGUGGAAUUAAAGGCCCUAUCAAAACAAACGGUGGCGGUACACUCCUACUGAAUCCUAAGACAAAAGCACCAGUUGCGAAACCAAUUGAACGUCAAACGUCUAUAGCCUCAGCAUUUCCACCGUCCUCCUACCCAGGUCUAUCAAGUGAUCCAUUUAAUACAAAAAUAAUUUCUGGUGCUAACAAAACGCCAACUCGACCUGCGCCGGCGGGGGGUAACUUAAAGAAUGUGAUAGGUUUUGCGAAUCUAAAUAGUAGUCCUGGCGACACUGGUGGUGCAGCUGGUCGCGUAAAUACGAAUAAUAAUGCAAAUGCUGCUUUCAGUGGCAGUGGUUGCCAAGUGGGGGCCACAAGUCGUUCGAGUGUAAGCUCCAUAAAUAGUCCUGGUAGGGAGGUGGAUCGAAAGCAUCUACGAGAGUUAUGGUUAAAGCGUUUCGAUAAAAAUAAAACGAGUAGUGGGUCAGAUACCAAAAUAGAAAAUAAGAAAAAAUCACGUUUCCUUGAAAGCGAUGCAGCGGCGCCAACAGGUGAUGGCAAACGUAGACGACUAUCGAGUGAUAUUUCGCAACCAAGUGACGGAUUAAAGAAAACAAAAACUGAAGAUUGGCUUGUCUUAGACGAUGAUAUAAUGUUAAGAGACCCGCCUACAGAGACCAUUGCGAUACUCUCGGACGAUGAAAGUGGCUCAGAUGAUAACGAGAACGGUUUUGGUGUUGAAACGUCGAAGCGGUCCACUCCACUAACUGCUGAUGAACGCCAUAAGGUUAUCAAAGAAGAAAUUCUUGAAGACACUGAUGAUUUAUUGGAUGAGGAUAUCAUUCUCAUUGAUGAUGAGUAUGAUGAUAAUGCACAGGAUGACAAUAAUGAAAUGGCUAAUAUAUCAGCUGCUGCGGAAUUGGCAGACACUUCUGUGAUAGAUGAGUUCUUUGGCGACGAUACAAUGCUGAAGGAUUUCAAUAGAGAAAAUGAUGUCAAACCUUCUGGCUCGUAUCACUUCCCCAACCCUAACGAUGACAUCAUUACCUGCCCUAUUUGUCAAGGCAAAAUGAAACGGUGUUUAUUCGCUGACCACAUGGACGGUUGCACUGGUAUCGCCGUUAAAAUUGUUGCACCUAAACAUUUAUUGAAAAAAUUGUCAACCACAUCGCGGCCAUUAAAUCCGACGCGCACAUCGCGCCCCUCGCGUAAAGAUAUCCUGCGGAAUGCUGGCUAUUCUGAACAAGAUUUAAUCAACCUUACUUCGACAAGUGAUGAUGAAUUCAACAGUAGCAGCAGUACUAUAAACCUAAGUUCACCGAUCAGGCCUGACGCCAAUUCCACAAACAGCGGCAGUACCCUAGAGGACAAGGACACACGGUUAUAUCGCCAAAGAAAUAUUCUAAAAAGUACAAUUCAGUGUCCCAAUUGCGGGCAAGAGGUUGAACAAACCACGAUCAAUGAUCACCUUGAUGAUUGCCUCUCUCCGUAGUUUAGUUAAAUUUUAUGUAUUUAUUAUUUUUUUUUACAAAAUUUACAAAGUGAUUUCGUUACUUGGUAUGCUAAAGUUAUUCUUGAUUACAUAGAUGGCAACAUCAAAGCUUCUAGGCCUUGCUUUUCACAUAAUAAAUUAUACUUGUUCACAUAA